AUGGCAGGCAAGUACGAAAGCGAGAGCAAGCUGGAUGGGACUGCUUCGUCUGGUGAAGAUGGUCCCGGGACUUACCAUGAGACGUAUCAUGAUGUCGAUAUCGUGUACAAAACGCUCUCCUGGAAGCUCGUCGCUGUUCUUAUGAUCGCCGAAAUUGUCUCCAAUGGAAUGCUCUCUCUUCCCUCCUCGCUGGCCGUUGUGGGGAUCGUUCCUGGCCUUCUUCUCAUCAUCUUCCUAGGUGUUUUUGCAACCUACACUUCAUACUUGUUAGUUCAAUUCAAGCUGCGUCACCCCGAAGUCCAUAGCAUGGGAGAUGCAGGCUUCAUUCUCUUCGGCCCAUUUGGAAGGGAACUACUUGCUUUUGGAACGAUCGUAUUUGCGAUUUUCGCGACGGGAGGUCAGUUGCUCGCAGGGCAAAUAGCACUUGCUUCACUUAGUAGCAAUAAGCUCUGCCUGAUGCUUUACACCGGAAUUUUCGCAAUCCCGACGCUCAUCUGCAGUUUCCCACGGACGCUCGACCGGCUGUCGUGGAUCAGUGUGCCCUCUGUUCUGUCUAUACUCAUUGCUGGUAUAAUUGGUAUGGUAGGCGCUGGCCUCUAUCCCACGCCUGAGCGCCAUCUGAGCGCAGCGCGGAGUUCUUCGUUCUAUGAAGCCUUUUUCAGUAUAACGAACCCAGUCUUCGCAUACGCAGGCCACUUUUUGUUCUUUAUCUUAAUCUCGGAGAUGAAGAGACCUCAAGAUGCCAUGAAAGCCGCAUACGUGCUGCAAGGCUUUGCCACAACUUUCUACGCAGUCUUUGCAGUUGUGAUGUACGUGUAUCUUGGUCCAAUGGUCGCUAGUCCGGCAUUCAGUAGCCUGGAAACAAAGUGGGCGAAAGCUGCUUAUGGGAUUGCAAUCCCAAAUUUCCUCAUUGCUGGAAGCCUGUACUCUCAUACAGCAUCAAAGCUCAUAUUCAUCCGUCUCUUCCGUUGUUCUCGCCACCUCUACUCUCACACCUUUACCGGCUGGUCGACUUGGACCUUUCUUAUUAUUCUCAUGAACUCCCUUGCUUUCGUCCUGGCAGUUGCGGUCCCAAUCUUUAGCUACCUCAUCGGCAUUGCGGCAUCCUUAUUCGCGAGUUGGUAUACGUACGGCAUCGCGGGCGCCUUCUGGCUGCAUGACUCUUACCAUGAUGAGGAGGGGAUUCGGACGUGGAAGAGGAAGUGGCCACAAGCUUGUUUGGCAGCGGCUACUUUCAUGGUUGGGGGUUUCAUAUGCGUAGCCGGAACGUAUGUGACGGUUCGAGGAAUUGUGAUUGCUUAUAGGGAUGGGACUGUAGGAAGUCCGUUUGCUUGCUAA